UGUUCGGCUUUCUCCGCUAACUCCGUGCAGUUGUUUCGUCAGUACGGUGUGUACUGUGAUGGUCAUCGCCAGACCCUUUAAUCUCCUCACUGAGAUUUGACCACGACCAUUACUCUGAAUUUCUCAAGUGUCCAGCUUGUAACCUGCCGGAAUAUACGGAUAUACAGUUUUUUUAGACAUUCCUGACGAUUUUUGUGAGACUAUGCCAGAAUCCAAAUGCCAUUUGGACAUUCAAGCAUCUUUACCCGAAUGACAGCUGAAGCCAGCCUCGAUGCUUACCAAACACUACGCCAACAUGCUUCACAGAAAUGGAUCUUUUUGUACGUGCCGUGGACCCCGUGAGAAGAAAUCUCUGAGUUUCUAGUGCCAUCCCAUCAUCUCUCUUCUCCCUGUCCUGGUCAUCUCCACAGCUCUUAAAGACGUAAUUUUGAUCACUCCACCUAUCUGUUCGUGUUCGCUUGAACUUUCCGAGCAGAGGCAGACGUCACCACUGAUCCCAUCCUCACUCCAAAGGUUACAAGAGGGCUGAUAUAAGAUGGCAAGGCUUUUGUCUGUCACGGCAGUUUUGGCUGGAGUCCUAAUUGUAUUCAGGUUGUGCUCUGGAGCAGGUCAGAAUCCUGAUCAUGUGCUGCAGGGCACGGGAGUCAAGCCUGGAUCAGACUCCAGAAGACCGGGAGAUGAUUCGACUGUGGCACCAGAAGAUGCUGCACGGUUCCUCAGCUGUUACUGCUCAGGACACUGCCCUGAUGAUGCCAAAAACAGCACGUGCGAGACAAAUGGGCAGUGCUUCGCUAUUAUUGAAGAAGAUGAAAAUGGAGAUGUAAUCCUAAGCUCAGGCUGUAUGAAAUACGAGGGCUCUCAUUUUCAGUGCAAAGAUUCACAGUUUGCACAGACUCGUCGAACAAUUGAAUGCUGCCAGUUUGACUUCUGUAAUCGAGACCUAAAGCCAGAGUUACCGGAUCGACUGUCAGAUCCACCAGACCCUCACUGGCUGGCCUUUCUCAUUUCAGUAACUGUGUGCUGCUGCACCCUCAUCUGCGUCACUGUCAUCUGUUAUUACAGGUAUAAGUGGCAGACAGAGAGGCAGCGCUACCACAGAGACCUGGAGCAAGAUGAGGCUUUUAUCCCAGCAGGAGGAUCGCUGAAAGAUCUCAUCAACCAAUCUCAAAGCUCAGGCAGUGGUUCCGGGCUCCCUCUGCUGGUACAGCGCACCAUUGCAAAGCAAAUCCAGACAGUGCAUCUCAUCGGUAAAGGUCGAUAUGGAGAGGUGUGGCUGGGUCGAUGGAGGGGUGAGAAAGUAGCAGUGAAAGUGUUUUUCACUCGAGAGGAGGCCAGCUGGUUCAGAGAGACUGAGAUCUACCAGACCGUGCUCAUGAGACACGAGAACAUACUAGGCUUCAUUGCGGCUGAUAUAAAUGGCACUGGAGCUUCCACGCAACUCUACUUGAUAACAGAUUAUCAUGACAACGGCUCUUUGUAUGAUUAUUUAAAGUUCACCACUCUGGAUACACAAGCUCUGCUGAAACUGGCCUACUCUGCAGCCUGUGGCCUGUGUCACCUGCACACAGAGAUCAACGGCACACAGGGAAAACCUGCCAUCGCUCACAGAGAUCUGAAGAGCAAGAACAUCCUCGUGAAGAAAAACGGCACCUGUUGUAUCGCUGACUUGGGCCUAGCUGUGAAAUUUAACAGUGACACAAAUGAAGUGGACAUCCCUCUUAGUACGCGUAUGGGGACCCGCCGCUACAUGGCUCCAGAAGUCCUGGACGAGACUUUAAAUAAAAACCACUUCUUGGCAUACAUCAUGGCUGACAUGUACAGCUAUGGGCUGGUUAUAUGGGAAAUGGCCAGACGCUGUGUGACUCGAGGUAUUGUUGAGGAGUAUCAGCUACCCUAUUAUGAAAUGGUACCAUCAGACCCAUCAUAUGACGAUAUGCUGCAGGUCGUGUGUAUCAGAGGAUUGCGGCCAACUGUAUCCGUUAGAUGGAACAGUGAUGAGUGCUUGAGGGCGAUGUUGAAGCUGAUGUCAGAAUGCUGGGCCCACAAUCCUGCAUCCCGACUGACCAUCCUGAGAGUCAAGAAGAGUUUAGCAAAAAUGGUGGAAUCUCAAGACAUUAAAAUCUGAUCCGUCUUUGUGAGAAGACAAACUGGGUGAUUUUAUUUCAUCUUUGGCUUCACAGCUCACGCCUGUGUAAAAUACAACAUCCUCUUUUCCCCUCCGGCUUGGGGAUCAGAUGCGGUGUCGUUGUUGCUUUCUAUGAAAGCUGUAUCAUUGUAGACUUGGAUCAGAGGAUUACUGCAACAGACAAAAAAGUGGGAUUUUCUGAAGGACUCACUCACUGCCCUAGAGAAAAUACAAAGCUAAGUGUUGUUGUUGUUUUUUUUUGCAUUUGUUGUGCAUUUAAGUGUCUUUAGAUUUUGGGAUAAACCUCCUGCCAUAUAAAUGAAAUAAUAUUGUC